CGCUCCAAUAUCUUGCUCCCUGUGUGAAGUAGGAACUCGGGGGUGUGAAUGAGCUGAGACUCACGGCUGGUUAAAGAGCUGGUGACAAACACGCGAAACGCUGAGCGACAACCUGGCGGACACUCACUCGAGCGGCUUAAAUUCCUCAGCGGCUUUUAUCCUCGAAAGUAACCGGAGACUCUUACCGUUUGGGGAGAAACCGAAAAGUGUCGAAACAAAUGGUUUAAGGCUGAAUGUUCGCAGACCGGGACGGAUGUUUUGCAAAGACUGCUACUGCUGCUGCUGGUGCUGCUGCACGGGCCGUGGAUGUACAAAAGAACGAGAAUGACAGCAGACAAAGUCAAAGAGACGGCGCGCCACAAAGGAGGGCAACGCGGGACAUGUGUGUGCAAAGAAGCGGUGCCCUAGAUCUGUAACACAUCUGAGUAAUUCUGUCGUCCAUGCUUCUUUUAUGUUGUUUUGGGGCAGCAGUUCCUCAUCCCGCACCUGGAAAAACAAAAGAGUGCAUUCCCUGGCAGUACAUCUCCAUGCGUAAAUGGAGAGACGUGUGUGCGUAUUCGCCGUGCUCUUUUCCUUUGUGCUUACAAUAAAUUACGCUUGUUUUGUCACUUGUGUCCUGUCCCAUGACCGCACUAUCAUAGAUGCAUUAUAGACUUCCUCAUACUUCAUAUCUGCCAUGAGUGAUGGCGAUGCCUUCAGAAGCUUGCAGUAACGGUGCGCAGAGUAGCACUUACGAAAGAAGCUUCGGCGCACCGGAUCGCAAUGGUUAUGUGAAAACAUGUGUCAUUCCACUGUGGCGAGACCGACACUAUGAGUCGUGGGUGAGACUGAUGUUUACAAAAAUAUGGAGUUCGCAAAGACUCCGGAGUGCGGUGUGUGUGGGCUCGCUUUCGUUUUUUCUCGCUCUGCUGGUCAAAUGUGCAGACUGGAAAGCUGAUGCCAGCAGCAGCGCUGACAGCAGACUCUCGCAUUCAUCGUCUCCCCUUCACUUCGUUUCAGGCUGCGCAGCAGAGCUGUUGCAAACUUGCUGGAGUGUGGUUUCGCCAUUGUUCACCCUUGUAUGUGCCUUCUUUUGGGUCGGUGUGUACUUAAUCCGCUGCGGGGUUCUAAUCCAGACCGCCAUCUCCCUCCUAACCUUGUGCCACCUGGGCGAAGUAGCGGCGUGGUCUCUUCUGGAUGGGACAGAUGAGCAGCUGUUUUCAUUCACGACAGCGGCCGUUGUUGUGCUCCUCUGCGUGGCCACCGGCGCACUCAUGGUAGUACGGUUGAAUCAGGGCAUAUCGGUGAUCGUUUUCAUCAGCGUAGUCAGGACCAUCUCACUCUUCUCUCUGCACAAAGUGCGGGCCACUUGGAGACCAUACGUAGCGUACCUGGUUGGAGUGCUGGGCAUCCUGCUGGCGAGGUAUGCUGACAAGCUCCUUCCCAACCAAGGGAGACACAAGGAGGGCUGCACCCCUGUGACUGAGGCCAGGGAAGAGAUCCCUGUAUUUAAAAGGCGCAGGAGGUCCAGUUCUGUGAUAGCCUCAGACAUGGCACACAGUCAGUCCAACAGCAAGUCACAUCGCCGGACCUCUCUGCCAUGCAUCCAAAGAGACCAGAUGCUCCCCCGUUCGGAUUGGGACCACAAGAGAGGCUCCCGAGGAUCACAGUCAUCAGGCACAACUGUCAUGGUGGACAUAGCAGUGAUGGGAGAAGCCCAUGGACUAAUUACAGACCUGCUGGCUGACCCCUCUCUCCCACCCAACACCUGCACGUCGCUGCGGGCCGUCAGCAACAUGCUUACCACCCAGCUCACUUUCCAGCCCCUGCACCGGCCACGCCCUGCCCCCCUGCAUAACCCCAGCGAUGUCUACACCUGCUCUGACUCAGAGGAGGUACCUGAGAAAGGAGAGAAGACAUCCAUCCACAAGCGUCUGAGGCGGAGCCUCCACCCCGGCCUUCUGAGGAGGAUCUCUUCCACGUGGACCACCACCACCUCUGCCACAGGACUUCCCACAAUUGAGCCGGGACCCGUGCGAAGGGACCGCAGCGCCAGCAUCAAACCCUAUCAUGAAGCACUCACGUGCAGUUGUGGGAGACCAUACAUCAGACUGAACCACGGUGAGGGCUCUUUAGACAAGGGAGACAGGAUACCACGUUCAGCAGAGGACCAAGUGGUUGUGUCAUCAGACUAUGACAGCACCCACGAAGCCAACCACAGUGACAGCAGUGAUGUAGCACAUACAGAGGACGAUGCAGAAGAAGGAAAAAACUCCCAGAAUGUCAUCCUCCAUGCACUAAUACCUCCGGAGGACAAACCAAUCUUGGCACCAGAGCCUUUAAUAAUGGAGGGCCUGGAACCUCUGAUGAGUCAGCUGAACAAUUGGAACUUCCCCAUCUUCACCUUGAUAGAGAAGACCAAUGGGAAAUGUGGACGAAUCCUCAGUCAGGUAUCAUAUAGGCUCUUUGAGGACACUGGCCUGUUUCAGACUUUUAAGAUCCCCGUAAAAGAAUUCAUGAACUACUUCCAUGCCCUUGAGAAUGGUUACAGAGACAUACCAUAUCACAACAGGGUCCAUGCCACAGAUGUGCUUCACGCAGUCUGGUACCUCACCACGCAGCCUGUGCCUGGCCUGCCCAGCCUCAUGACUGACCACGGCUCUGCCAGUGACUCAGACUCUGACAGUGGAAUAACACACAGUCACAUGGGCUUCCUGGUUUCAAAGACCUACACUGUGUCAGAAGAUGGUUAUGGCUGCCUGUCAGGCCUCAUACCUGCUCUGGAGCUCAUGGCUCUUUAUGUGGCUGCCGCCAUGCACGAUUAUGAUCACCCAGGGCGGACAAACGCUUUCCUCGUGGCCACCAGCGCCCCACAGGCGGUGCUCUACAACGACCGCUCAGUUUUGGAAAACCACCACGCUGCCGCAGCCUGGAACCUCUUCCUGUCACAGCCAGAGUACAACUUCCUGGUCAAUCUGGACCAUGUGGAGUUCAAACGCUUCCGUUUCCUGGUCAUUGAGGCCAUACUGGCCACUGAUCUGAAGAAGCAUUUUGACUUCCUAGCUGAGUUCAAUGCCAAGGUAGGUGAUGAUCCAUCUACAGGUAUCGACUGGUCUAACGAGAAUGACAGGUUGCUAGUCUGCCAGAUGUGCAUCAAACUCGCUGAUAUAAAUGGGCCUCUGAAGUGCAAGGAGCUACAUCUGCAAUGGACAGAGGGCAUUGUCAAUGAGUUCUAUGAACAGGGUGAUGAGGAGUCCAGCCUUGGCCUUCCUGUCAGCCCUUUCAUGGAUCGAGCAGCCCCACAGCUGGCCAAACUCCAGGAAUCCUUCAUCACCCACAUCGUUGGACCCCUGUGUAACUCCUAUGACUCGGCCAGCCUCAUGCCUGGACGAUGGGUGGAACCCAACCCGGAGGAGGGGCCAGAGGUUGGAGAGAAUGAGGAGGAGGAGGAGGAGGAGGAGGAUACUGCAGAGGAAGACACAUCCACCUGCUCGGAAGCGUCCCAGAAAGCAACUCCCAAGAAGAGGAGGAAAGUCUUCUGCCAGAUCACGCAGCACCUGCUGGAGAACCACGAGAUGUGGAAAAAGGUGAUUGCAGAAGAGAACCAAAAACAGGCACAAGGAGCGGAGCCUGUCCAUUUAAACAAUGUAGCUGAACCUAUUCUGGCUAUUCAUGAAGAGGAAGAGGAGUCAGGUAGCAGAGAGGAGCUGAUAGAAGGAGAGGAUCCAGAGGAGGAACCAGAAUGGCCUGUAGCUCUGAGGGAAGACUCUAAACCUCAAGAGCAACUAGAGGAGGGGGACCCACAAUGAAACAACACAGG